GUCAAGCUGCAGCAGAGUGAGUCUUCAUUGUCUUCAUCAUCCUCAACAGCCCUUCCAGCAUUUGGACUCCAUUUCACCAUCUUUCCACAUGAAAACAAUGAUAAUUAUCAUGAUUAAUGGAAAUAAUUAUUGAUCAUUGUUGUUAUUGACAAUCAGUGGAUCACAGCUUUUUCUUCUGCUCACAAAAAGAUGAACAGUCUGCAGCUCCCGGUUUGUUAGAGCAGCUGACCAUUUGCAUCUGUUAGGCCCCGCCCCUUGAGUAGCAUGGACGAGUCACAGCGUCCGGGAGAUGGAGAGGACGAGCGCCCAGCGGUCACGUGCCAACCGGGCGACAGCGUCCAACAAGCCCCGCCCCCUGCAACAGGACCCACGGACCACCUGGCAGUGAACGGUGAGACUGGUAACGGGGUGGGUCCUGCCGCCCCCUGCGCCCUGACAGCCACAUCCCCGUCCAGCCCGUCCAAAGGGGGUCACGCCAACGGGCGUCCUCGUUCAGGCAGCCGAUCUGGUUCGGUGGCGCCCAAUUCCCCGAGGCCGUCGCUCAACUCUCCACGCCCAUCCAUCGGCCGCCGGCCCAGCGCCGUGCCAGAGGGUCCGGCCCAUGGGUCCAAACCGCCCGACUACCUGAUGCUGGCCAUCCUGUCCUGCUUCUGCCCUCUGUGGCCCAUUAACAUCGUGGCCCUUACCUUCUCCGUCAUGUCUCGCAACAGCCUGCAGCAGGGAAACGUGGACGGCGCCCGUCGUUUGGGCCGCAAUGCCAUGAUUCUGUCCGUGGUGGCCAUCUUGGGGGGCAUCGCCAUCAUCGCAGCGGCCAUCGCGCUCAACCACGAAUUGCUUUUAAAAUCGGGAUAACGAGUCGGUGCCCCCUUCUACCCGGGAAACCUCCAGCGCCGACUUCCAGUUCCUGCACGACGAGCAUGUGCCUGAUGUUCUACCUCCGCCACGGUAACCCUUGUUGCCAUGGAGACCCACAGCAUCCCUCGAUGUUAGCGGCGGAGAACGUCUUCUGCAUGACCGACCAAAGCAACCCAAACAAGCAUUUUUCGCAUUUGAAUGUUUACAAACCUUCCUUCCGCCUAUUUGUGCCGUCCGUCACCAUGGAGACCGCUCGUCGCAUGUUGGCGGACACGCUUGGGUCACGGAGGACUCUAUAACGCUGCAUGCUUCCGACCUUUGCCACAUGGCCUCUUUU